AUGGAAUCGAAGCGCAAAGCAAACGGGGCUGCCAGCCCAGACUACGAUGACCGCGCUGCGAAGCGUCGCAAAGUCGUUGAGUCAUACGACCUCUCAAAGGGCGAGACCCAGGAGUCGACAACAGCCUAUGGCCUGAGCCUGCUCGAUCAAAUCCGUCGCACAUCGGACAAGAGCGGGCGACGUGUAGCAGGCUACUUCGAAACUCUGCCACCUCGCCAAGGCAACGAGGAAUACUACGCGCGCACGCGCAUGCCCAUUUCCUUCGAGACAAUUGAAGAGAAAUUACAAAAUGGCGACUUCCAGAACCUGUCCGAGCUCGAGAGCUACCUCAAGCGCAUGAUCACCAAUGCCAAGGAGUGGUUUCACAAGUCCUCUUCCGAAUUCGACGACGCGGAACGUGUUCGCAAGGCUGUCAGUAACUACAUGACGAAGAACAAUCCCGCGUACCAGAAUAGGAACUACCAGGCGGUGGCCACGCCUCUGCCUGAAGAUGGCGCAAUGUCGACAACCCCUCUCAAAAGCGAGCUGGCAGUAGCGAAGACAGAAGGAGCUGCCGAUGAUGUCGAAGAUGAUGCAGACGAUGGUGAAGAGAACGGCACAGAAACACCCCGAAAGCUGCCACCUGCGAAACCCGAUCACCAGUACGAAGACGUCCCAUACAAGGGUCUGAACUUCCAGCAAGCACAAGAGAAGAUUGUCGAGGAGGGUCUGCGACACAGCACCGAAGAUUAUGACGGCCCCUAUUUCGAGCCGUUCAUCAAUUUGCCUCCGCGCUCCCUCAAGGAUUAUUACUCGAUGAUCAAGGAGCCCAUGUGCCUCAAAAAGCUCCAAAAACUCGUCAGGGGUGUCCAAGGCCGAAAUGACGUGACAGGCGUGACCGAACUCAAGAGCUGGGCGCAGUUUGAAGAAAAGGCCAAGCUGCUGUGGACAAAUGCAUACUACUACAACGAGGACGGCAGCGAUAUCUUUGUGCUCGCGCAAGAGCUCGAAACGUUUCUGAAAAAAGAAAUCAAAGAGGCCAAAGCUCAUGCCUCCGAACCUUCGCAGCCGAAGAUCAAGCUCAAGGUUGGGAAUCAGCAGUCAGAGCCGCCAUCCAACAGGAAGAUUACGCUGAACGUCGGCAACAGCCGGGGCGUCUCGACCGACUCACCUGUGCCUAACGCGACCGCUUCUCCCGCUCCUGUGCCGGAAGUCAAUGGCACAGGACAAGUACAACCAUCAUUGGCAGUACCUGAGAAAACUCGAAGUGUCUCGGUGGCGGCUCCUUCGCCCAGUCCGUCCGUGGCCCCGACUUCCAAAGGCGAAGAAACGCGCGUGUCACCGUCCGUCCGCCCGCCUAGUGCGACGCCAGCGUACGCAACGCCGGGGCCACCCAGGCCAGGGCCACACCCACCAGUGCCUGCCCAGCCUCAGUUCCAACCUUUGCCCGCUCCGCCCAUGGAGCAGAAGCGGUUGAGACUUCCAGGGAAGGGUCAAGCCGAUGCGUUGAUCUCCCAGAUGCGUCUGCUAUUUCACCGAAGCAGUGGUGGCGAGCCAACAGCGACCACAGUCAUGCCAGACCGCAAAGAGAUGCAGCAGUCUGCUACAGUCAACCUACCAGCUGACAGCAACCGCAUGACCAUGACCAUCACACUUCCAGAGCUCCUGCAAGAACGCCAUUAUAGCCUGUGGGCCAUGUUCGAUCGCCAUAACCUCAAGUGCUCGACGCCGUACGACCCGCAGCAAGCUUAUGGUGAUCGUGUUUUCGAAGCCAUGCUACAUCAAGGCCUGAAUGUGAUCGAGGUGCAUCUUAUUGCCGCGAUUCCAAAGCAUGAGCGCCUUCCCGGGGGCCCGGACACCGAACUGGAAAUUUUCACAGUGUACGCGAAUGUGAUGCGGAAUUAG